AUGGCUACUGUCAAUGAACAGGACGAUCAAGCACCGUCCCGUGAUGAGGCACAGGCCCUGCACCCGAUGGCAAUGCGGGCUUGCGAGGCGUGUAAGCGUAAGAAGACCAAGUGCGACAUGGAAAAGCCAGCCUGUGGACUCUGCACACGGACCAAACGGACCUGUACCUAUCCUGCCCCCAACAAGCUUCCAAGGACCUCUUUGAAACGGACUCGAUCCAAUUCACAGCCCGCUCAGGGCAGUCUGGUCUGGCUCUUGGACCUUCUGCGAAAUCCGACUGCGCUUCAGAAUCUUUUAACCACACAGCUUGAGCGCCCAGUCUCCAGUCCGGACGUCUUGUUGCCUUCUGACCCUGUACCUGAUAAUUUUCAACAAAAUGGGUCUUCGUUGCUGCCCCCUUCGCUUGAUGGACCUGCUCUAAAUCUAGCCUUCAAUACUUUCAGCAGCGAGAAUCCAAGUCAUAAUGUAAUUUUACUCUCACAUCCAACCGAAUUUCCACACAUAUCAUUCGACCUAGCCAUGGAUCUUAUCGAAACAUUUUUCGAUCAUAUUCAACCGUGGCUUCCGCUUCUACACAAGCCAAGAUUUAUCGCCCGUGCCCAUCAGGAGCUGAGACAAGGCUCAGAUGCUCUAGCUGGUCUUUCUCUGGAAAUGGCCAUGCUAUUAACGGGAAUGUUUGGACUUUCCGCUCGUUUUUCAACACACCCGGCUCUGGCAGAUAUCAACCCGCUAGAACGAGGCUCAAUCUAUACAACUACGGCGCACAGUAUAUGUUCAGACUUACGACACAUUGAGAGCCCAGACCUGUUGUAUCUACAAGGCUACAUAGUCCUAGCCUUCCACGCCUACACAGCCGAGCUGAAUACCUCAGCCUGGCUUUUGACUGGAGUCUGCGUCCGUAUAUCCUACGAUUUGCAACUAGCCGAGAUCGACAGUGGAGAAGAAGGCACUCCGGGUAGUCAGGAAGAUGUAAACGAAACAGAUGUUGAAGAAAUGCGACGAGCCUGGUGGCUAACGUGGGAGCUGGACACGUUUGGGUCGUUGAUGACCCGAAAACCGUUUGCCGUGGAUCGACACGCUUUUACAGUUAAGCUGCCUCUAUCAGAUAACGAUUGGUUUGCCGGACGAAAUGUACAGUCUAACGUACUUCAGACUGUCCCGCGAGAAGCCUGGACAUCUUUGCAGGGCUCAGAAAAUCAAAACCCUCGCGCUUGGUUCCUGAUAGCAAAUCAUCUGCUCUCGCUCCUCAUGCAGCAUCUGAGCGUGAAAAGGCCACUUGAACACGAACAAUUACUAGAUUAUGAGACAGCCUUCAAUUGCUUGAAGCUCUCUUGGCCGGUUGCUUUCGAUAUCCUCAGGAAGCCACCUCUUUUUGAACCAGACACGUUUGCCGAUUACAACUGGGUAUUUGGGACGUAUUUGAUGCUGACGACUGCAUACGCCCUUCUUGAUACUACCGUCCAAGAUCAGGGGAUAUUCUCCAAUCCGCUAUCAUCAAUCAUUGACGGAGCCGAAACGCCCAGAAAUACGCGCGCAGUGUCAUUCUCACAAGUAGUCGCACGGUGGCCCCCAGAGUAUAUGGCUGCUGCCCAUCCAUUUUUUGUCUGCAACAUCUUGCCUACAGUCUUUGAGACGGAUGGAGGGCGACUGGGUCCGAAGACCAAAGCUUCCUUCGAUGCUGUAGGAGAUACUGCAGAGCUAUCAAUAGCCCGGUUCGCACAGAAUUGGGAAUUGGCUCAGGAGAUUUUAACUGUUUUUCGGGUCCUCCGCCAUCCUGAUACUGAAGCAGAAGCCGAUAUGCCCACACUCCGCCGACGAUUUGCAGCUUUCCUUGGGCGUGAAUCUACAACAGGUACCCACAGUGCUGGAGACCAAAUGCGACCAGACCUACUGGCUAUACAUCAACCCCCAGAUGUUAUUAUGGCAGACCAAAACAGCAGGAUUUCCUUUGAAAUAACACCUUCCUUCCAAAUGCUUAAAAUGAUACCCAACAAUGAUUCAGAUCGGGAUUCCAUGUUCGCUUUCUCAGACAUCUUUGGUCAGGCGCAAGAAUCUUGA